UUUGUUUUCUGCUUGGUAGAUGAACAAACUCUGGCGGAGACUACAAUGUUUUCCUUAUUUUUUGGGUUUAUUUAAUUGUGGAGUGUUUUCUGUGUAUAUAUAUAAAGUGAUGGUUGGUAUGAAAUAAAAUCUUGCAAGUGAUCAAAUCAUUAUCUGAUUGUGCUUUGCCUGUUGUAUACUUGUUGUGGGGAUGAAGAAAAUUAUUGAAUUGGAGGGUUUGAAAAUAUGAGUUUAAAUUAGUUCAGAUUUAGGUGAAGAUUUCACUUGUAAAGAUUCUGCUUUCUCUGUGAUCACCCAGCCUGUCGGGGAACCCCGAAUUUUUUGAGGUCAUUAGUGAAUUAGCAGUUGUUGCCAGAUCCAGAGAGCAAAUGGGCAAAAAGUCAAUCAAGAAUCUGCAACUCUGAGUCUAUAUAAUUAGGUGGAGUGUUUGGAAGUUGAAGUUAAAGCAGAAGCAAGCUGUUUCAGUAACUUGCUUUUCUUGAUUCUUUCUUUUUGGUGUUGAAAUUUAGAGUUGACAGUUGGUCAGAAGUUGCUUCUUUCAAAGUUUCAUUUCUGGAUUUUAUUGCGGCAUAGUUUUGUUGAUUAUUGAAUCUUGAUUUUGCUUGGGAAAGAUGGUUGGCAGCAUUGAGGUUGCGAGCAACAACUCAUACUCAAAUGGGGUUAUACAGAACCAGAAUGGGCUGGAAGAGAAGCUCGAUGAACUUCGAAGGUUUUUAGGAAAAUCCGAUGGUGAUCUUUUGAAGAUUGUUGGUGUGGGAGCAGGUGCAUGGGGUAGCGUAUUUGCGGCUUUGCUUCAAGACAGCUAUGGCCAAUUUCGAGACAAGGUUCAGAUUAGGAUAUGGAGACGGCCGGGCAGAGCGGUCGACAGGUGUACGGCAGAACAUUUGUUUGAGGUAAUCAACUCGAGGGAAGAUGUUUUGAGGAGAUUGAUCCGGAGAUGUGCGUAUCUAAAAUAUGUUGAGGCACGAUUAGGUGAUCGGACGCUUUAUGCAGACGAGAUUUUGAAAGAUGGGUUCUGUCUAAACAUGAUCGAUACGCCACUUUGCCCAAUGAAAGUCGUGACUAACUUGCAGGAGGCUAUUUGGGACGCUGAUAUUGUUAUUAAUGGAUUGCCUUCAACUGAAACCCGUGAAGUGUUUGAAGAGAUCAGUAAGUAUUGGAAGGAGAGAAUCACCGUGCCAAUCAUAAUAUCUUUGGCCAAGGGUAUAGAGGCUGAACUGGACCCGUCUCCUCGUAUAAUUACUCCUACACAAAUGAUUAAUCAAGCAACUGGAGUGCCAAUGGAGAACAUUCUCUAUCUUGGUGGACCAAAUAUUGCUUCAGAGAUUUACAACAAGGAAUAUGCUAAUGCCCGUAUAUGUGGAGCUGAAAAAUGGAGAUUGCCUCUUGCAAAGUUCUUAAGGCAGCCUCACUUCAUUGUAUGGGACAACAGUGACCUUGUUACACAUGAAGUUAUGGGAGGCUUGAAAAAUGUCUAUGCCAUUGGAGCCGGUAUGGUGGCAGCUCUGACUAAUGAAAGUGCCACCGGCAAAUCAGUAUAUUUUGCACACUGUACAUCCGAGAUGAUAUUCAUUACUCAUUUGUUGACUGAAGAACCGGAGAAGCUUGCCGGGCCUUUGCUUGCUGACACAUAUGUAACCUUGCUCAAAGGUCGUAACGCAUGGUACGGCCAGAUGAUAGCCAAGGGACAACUGAGCCUGGAUAUGGGUGAUAGCAUCAGCGGCAAAGGGACUAUUCAGGGUGUUUCUGCUAUAGAAGCAUUUUACGAACUCCUAAGCCAGCCCAGUUUAAACGUACUGCACCCGGAAGCAAACAAGCCAGUUGCCCCAGUGGAGCUCUGCCCCAUCCUAAAGAUAUUGUACAAAAUUCUCAUUACAAGGGAACAAGGAGCAGAGGCAAUUCUCCAGGCGCUGAGAGACGAAAACCUGAAUGAUCCACGUGAUCGUAUCGAGAUUGCACAAACUCAUGCCUUCUACAGGCCUUCACUUCUUGGCCAACCUUGACUCAAUCCCCAUUACAAGAAUAAGGAUAAAUGAUCGACUAGAUGAAGGAUAUAGGUACAGCAAACGGGAAAAUCCUCGUAUACUGGGAUUUUAUACAGCUGAGUCUACAUAUACACAUAGUUGUUGGUGAAAAUGCUGGUGGUAACAGGCAUAAUUUGAUGUUGUAUCCUGAAAGUUGAAGCCCAGAUGUAUGGACAUUGAUUCUUGCCCUGAGGGCAUGCUCUUCUACUGGUAGUAUUGUUUUAA